AUGAUGAAAAAAUCCAUUAAAAAUGGAAGCCUCUCCCUUCACCGACCCGGCCACCGAUGCCCCGAGUGCGGCAAAACCUUCGCUUGCCGAUCUCAUUUCGCCAAACACCGGCGCACCCACACCGGCGAGAAACCGUUCCGCUGCCUCCGCUGCGGCAAAACCUUCAACGUCUCCUCCAACCUUUACCGGCACCAACGCGGCCACGGCGACGCCGAGGAGUCGUCGCCGUCGCCGUCGUCGUUGCCGGAUUUCGGUUGGGAGUCGUCGCCGUCGUCGUCGCCGGAUUUCGGUUCGGGGCCGGCGUCGCGGCGCGGCGGCGGCGGCGGCGGCGGGGCGAGCGCCGGCGAUUUGCCGUUCCGCUGCGGCGACUGCGGCAAAGGUUUUUGGUGGAGCUCCCAUUGGUUGAGGCACCGGCGCGUUCACACCGGCGAGAAGCCGUACGAGUGCGGCGAGUGCGGCAAGAGCUUCUCCAGGAGUUCCCACCUCUACCGGCACCAACGCGGCCACGCCGGCGAGCGCUCGUACAUCUGCACCUACUGCGGCCGCAGUUUCGGCAGCAUCCUCCAUUUCCAGCGCCACCAAGGCACCCACACGGGCCUGAGGCCUUACAAGUGCUCGCUGUGCCGAAAAAGCUUCGGCGACGCGCCGGCCUUGGUGAAGCACCAACGGCUCCACCUGGCCGAGGGGCGCCGGCAAAGCUCGGGCGCCGAGAAGCCGUACCGGUGCGGAGACUGCGGGAAGAGUUUUUCAUGGAGUUCCCAUUGGGAGAGGCACCAGAGGAUUCACACGGGCGAGAAGCCCUACGAGUGCGGCGAGUGCGGCAAAAGUUUCGGCAGGACGUCGCACCUGUACCGGCACCAGAGGACGCACGCCGGCGGCCGGCCCCACGUGUGCGGCGAGUGCGGGAAAAGCUUCAACUCCACGCUGCACUUCCAGAAACACCAACGGGGAAUUCCACGAUUCCGGCGGGAAUUUCGGGAUGAGAUCCCAAGUGCCGGCGCCGGGAGCGGCGCCGAGGACGAUCCCACCCCACCCGACCCCCAAGAACCCCCGACGGCUCCACCCCCAACCCAUCCCGACCCUCCAGCAGCCGGGAAGAGCCGGAAAACCGCGGGAACGUGCUCGGAGUGCGGCAAAACCCGGCGCUGCCGGCGCGCCGAGGGGACGGCGGCGGCGGAGAAACCGCACCGGUGCGGCGACUGCGGCAAAGGCUUCAGCCGCGGCUCCAAUUUGGCGCAGCACCGGCGCAUCCACACCGGGGAGAGGCCGCACCGGUGCGGCGACUGCGGCAAAGGCUUCAUCCAACGCUCCGACCUGGAGCGGCACCGGCGCGUCCACACCGGCGAGCGGCCGUACCCGUGCGGCGACUGCGGCAAACGCUUCAGCGUCAGCUCCCACCUGGACCGGCACCGCCGCACUCACGCCGGAGGGCCGGGACCGCCGCGCGUUGGCAAAGCCAAGACGGCGCCGGCGGCGGAGGCGGCGCCGCAUCGCUGCGGGGAUUGCGGCAAAACCUUCGGGCAGCGGGCGGCGCUGGCGAAACACCGCAAGACGCACGGCGGCGAGCGGCCCCACCGCUGCGGCGACUGCGGCAAGAGCUUCAGCCGCGGCUCCAACCUCACCCAGCACCGGCGCAUCCACACCGGCGAGCGGCCCUUCGCCUGCGGCGACUGCGGCAAAGGCUUCAUCCAACGCUCCGACCUGGAGCGCCACCAGCGCGUCCACACCGGCGAGCGGCCGUACCAGUGCGGCGAGUGCGGCAAAAGCUUCAGCGUCAGCUCCCACCUGGACCGGCACCGCAAGAUCCACGCGGCCGAGCGGGCGUCGUACCGGUGCCCCGAGCACCUGGCCGGUUUUUUGGCGGCGCACCGGCACGGGAGGUUCUUCCAGUGCGGGCAGUGCGGGCGGUGUUUCGGUCAAGGCGCGGCGUUGUUGAAGCACCAACGCGCUCACGGCGCGGCGGCGGCGGCGGCGCCGUCGGAGGGAUGCGCCGAGUGCGGGGAGAAGCGCGGCCUGUGCCAGGAUUGCGGGCGGGAAGCGGCGCCGGAGAAGCCGUACAAGUGCCAGGAAUGCGGGAAAAGCUUCGGGCAACGCUCGGCGCUGGUGAAACACCGGCGCAUCCACACCGGUGAGAAACCUUACAAAUGCCCCGAGUGCUCCAAAGGUUUCAUCCAAAAAUCCGACCUCACCAUCCACCGCCGCAUGCACACCGGCGAGAAACCCUACAAGUGCCACGAGUGCGGCAAACGCUUCAGCGUCUCCUCCAACCUCAUCAAGCACCAGCGCAUCCACCGCGGCGACAAACCCUUCCAGUGCGCCGAGUGCGGCAAGAGCUUCAUCCAGAAAUCCGAGCUCACCAUCCACCGGCGCGUGCACACCGGCGAGAAGCCCUACGAGUGCCGCGACUGCGGCAAACGCUUCAGCCGCAGCUCCCACCUCAACCGGCACCGGCGCACCCACGCCGCCGCCGCCAGAACCGACGAGGCCGGCGCCGCUUCCGGCGCCGUCGGUUCCGGCGUCGUCGCCGUCGUCGGUUCCGGCGUCGUCGCCGCGUCCUCGUCGCCGUCGGUUCCGGCGCCGGCGGCUUUGGCGUUCCCGGCGUUCCCGGGUUCCUCGGCGGUUCUCUAA